CCUUGUGUACAUUAUUGCUCGUAAUGCUGGCUUGUCACCAGAACGACACCAACAUGGCCGAAAAUUGACAUGUAAACCCAGGGAUGAAUAAUGCCACCCAACAACAGAGAUGGUAACGCGCAAGUUUAUUAUGAAACAUUGAAAGACGUUUUCGAUUUCCUGAAAUCUGGGCAACCGCGACAGGUACAUGUAUUACAUGUACCUAGUACAGGUGUGUCAUGGCGGUGUGUAUUAGACACGAUCAGGCUUUGUCAGGGCUGGCAACACUGGCGAGACUUUAUACACAGAAAUUAUCUCCAACUAGGAUAUGAACAUCCAUUGUCAGACCCGACAUUGAAGAUUAAGGUAUGGGCAAGCGUGCUUCUCAUAGUGUGGUUCAUAUUGAUGACUGUCUGGGCUGCCGUCAUUUUCACUACGGAUGCAAUCACAGAAGAUUUCACGUCAAAAGGACGAUUCCAGGAGUUUUAUGCCAUUCCGCGUGUGCUACCAUUUACUAAAAAUGCAUUCUAUUCUCUAAAGGAUGCAAUAGAUGGUAUCGUCUUAGUGUAGCUAAAUCAAAUUAUAAUGCAGGCAUAAUAUGGUUUCCUAUUAAUUUUCUUCCAUUGUUUAUUUGCUGAUAUCACUUGUUCACAUACCUAAUGUAUUUAUUGAAAAUUUUAACCAGUGUAUGUAUUCACUGAUCUAUUUCAUUUAACGUUUGAAAAUAAAAACAUUUACAAAAGUAUCCUGCAUAUACAUUUAUGAUAUUAUUUUUGAGUUAAGUUAUAAAGGGAUUAGGUUUGAAUGCGAUUAGAAUCCUCACGCUCUUCUUGAUGCCAUCGACCGUUCAUUCUCUAAGGAAGGGAUCCUUCUAUGAAAUCUUUGUUCUGACAUCCUUCAUGAAAACCAGAAGUGAUGUUAUUAGUACCAUCUUGAAUAAAAACAUUCCUAGCCCGUUAAAACUACUGGUUUGAUUUUAAUUUUUAACGAUAAUAUUUUACUGCAACUUAAAAUGAAAUGUUGCAGUAAGGGUAACUAAGAAAAUGAUAGCUUACAAUAACCUAGGUGUGAAGUCUGAAACUAAGUAUAACACUAGGACAAUAGAUGGGCUACUUAGUAUUUUAUAUAUUUCUUAAUAGCAACAAAUGAUUUGUUUGUUCUCGGAACAAUUUUACAAAGAGGUAAGUCUUUAGGAAAAAUAUUCUUCGUUGUCUAAUUUGAAGUGAGAUUGAAAGAAAUGCACACAUAGAAAUAUACUAAUUAUCAAAAGUUUGUGGUAUCACUGUUUGAUAAAAACGAUUCUUCUGAAUUGUAUGAGCUCUUCCUGUUGUAAUAUCUAAUAUUUUGAGCAUUGAACUGUUUUUGUUCUCCAUUUUGGCAUGCGUUCCAAUACACAGUUUUGUAAUAUCGACCUUGGUCGACCUAUAAAGAGUAACAGAAACAAAACCCUUUCCAAUCCUGAAAUACUUCACCCAACGAUAAAGUGUUAUCAGUGUCGCUGCAGAAUAUUCAUCAAUAUAACGCACUUCAUAGAUCUAUUUAUAAUCAAAUAUUAUUUUUUCAAUCUAUAUUUUAUUACCUGUUUAUGUAUUUAUAAUAUGCUUUUCUUGACGUGUUACUUUAACUGUUUAACUAAAGGCUAUUGUUUG